AUGGCAACAGGAAGGGAACGUCGCGAGGGGAAGCUCAACGAGCGACUCCGUGGUGCCGGGCGGACAAACGUCGACGACAACGAUACGCUCAGCCUCGAUAUCCCCGGCAUUGCCACCGGGCCGGCAAUACAAAGCUCAAGCUCGCCCGGCUCGGUGCCCGCGCAGCCGGUUGCUCGUACAAGCCCUCCAAGCAGGCAAACUAGUAAUGCGCCCGGUACUCGAGAGGACACAGCGUCUCCGUACCAGCCCCCCGGAAGCGCGGAUGUGCCUGGCGCCCGAAGCUCAAGCGCACCGAGGUCAGCGCCGUCUGAACGCGAUAGGCCCGUAUCGGAUGAACCAGAGCCGGUGCGCCCUCCUUCAAGCGCUGUGCUUCCGAGAAAAGCUGCAGCGGUCAGUAAUUUUACAGAAGAAGUCACGGAAAGUCCAGCUGGGAAGCCUGGGAGCGGUCACAGGCAGCGCAUCAACGAAGCGGUAUACAUCACCGCAGCGCCCACAGGUCGGACACCGGACAUAACCGACGAAGACGACGCAACGGCACAACCGUCAUCUCCAUUGGCAAAUAAGCGUCCGAGUAUUGUCGCUAGGCCAUCGAUUCCAGCAGUCCCUGAAGAAUCAGAAGAAGAGCGGGAGGAGACGCCAAGCAACCAAGUUCGCAUCCGUCCACCGCAACAGCGGCCAGAAGCGGCGAGGGGGGAGCCCGAGGAGCCCGAGGAGCCCGAGGAAUCAGAUCAUUCCGAUGAAGGAGCCGUAGAGAUAGACGAUCGAAGGGCCGCUCAAUCCAUCGGCGUAAAGCGUCCAAGACCUCACGUGACGCGGUCUCCGGAACUGGGUUCUGAGGAAUCAGAAGACAAUGAGCCCGAAGAACCCCUUCAAAAGAGGCACCGCAGAAGCCCGGCAGCCCAGAGGCAACCUGCGAGACGGCCCAAGCCACAGCAAAGGACGAGACGCCACAGUACGGGGAGUGAUGGAGACGACGACGCCGCGAUUGAAAUCACCGUCCAACGGUUUGUCAAUAACUUUGCCCAGGGCGCCGAUGACGAAGAUGAGCUACAGCAAGAGAUUCCGUUUGCCAACCGCGGUGGAGAGACGGUAGUAGAUGUCUUCGCACAGGUCUGCGAAGAAGUGAUUUCAUCGACUUUGGAAACCCUCCGGAAGUCGGUGCAGGCCUCUGAUGAUUUGGGCAAGAAGAAGGAAUUGAGGGUUAGGAUGCGUGCUAUUGCAGCGUACCGAGAAGAGCUUGGCUCUCGGCUGCUCCAGCAUGCUAUCCAUUUAAACCACUGGCAUUCUUUACGCAGACGGCUCCGUCAUGUUCAGAAGGAGAAGCUGGCCCUGCGAGAUGAAAUCAUUCGCUUAAAGGGGGAGAGGGAGCAAGUGGCGCUGCGGAUGGAUGCCGUCCGUAUCAAACAUGAAGCCGACAGCAAGGAAUCAACAUCUCGCCUAAAUGCGUCCUCCCUCAUGCACGACAUCGACUUGGCGGUUGAACAGGGUCGGGCAGCCCCAGAACUAUCUCGCGAGGAGGAGAAGGAAGCCGAUCUGGGCAAUCUCGAUCUGGUACUGGCUCAAAUAUCGGACCAGAUCAGUUCAACGAGCUCAACCGGUGGCCUUCUCCAACAAAUACGGGAUUUCAACGCGUUUCUAGAACGAGCAGCCGCGGCACUUGAAUCAGGAUGA